UCAAUCUCCUUCCCUAUACAGGCAUUCUCAUAUACAUCCCAUACGCGCGGGGAUUGGACUGGCUUCUGUUCACUCUCCUACGUAGCCUCAGGCCCUAUCGACAACUAGUGCAAUGUUUGGGAAAGCCGGUGCCUCCCUUCAACGCCCCAGUGCUCCUGGAACGUCUUCCAGUCUUUCGAAAUCCCCACUCCCGCUUGUCCCCCUAUCCAGCGCUCCGCAGGCCCACACCACUAGCCCCCAAAUACCCCCACAUCCCGACAACAUCCACCAUGGUCAACAUGAAGAGCCAACGGGACCGUUGACCGCUCAGAAUGUACCCCCUGGUGACCGUGGCGGUCUAAACAAAUGGGCAUCUUUCUUAAAACGUGUAUUUGGGUGGAUCCGCAGAAAGCUAAGCCUUGGUCGCAGUAGGCUCAGCGCCCAAGAUCCGACCGAACCAGCCAGGCCAACCACGCCUCCCCAACUGCCACCCGGCAAUGCAGUACCACCCGAAUCCUCCGUCACCUCGGGAGGAAAUAUUGAUAAUCCUCGUGAACCACCCACAACGCACACCAAUCGCGAGAACGGCCUGAGCAUCGACGCACAAUUGGAGCUCGAGGGCAUCAAUGUACCUCGCUCAUCAGGACCCACGGUCACGUCAUCGGACAGUCCAGACAGUAAUCGAAAGGAAGUAACCAUCGGCGCUACUAGAUUCAUUCUCCAAAAUGCAGCCUCCGCGCUUAAGUUUGCUCCGAUUCCGAAUCUUGAUGCAAUCCCAGACUUGCUUUUGAAGUGGCUCGACGUCUACGAGACCGUCGGUGGAAACGACGAAAGUCUUAAAGGAUUGGGCGAUGAUAUCUUAAAGGCCUACGACACCGUUUUGGAGCCACUCGCGCUGUCGACCGACCCUAUACCCGAUGAAGUAGUUGUUUUAAUUAGGCGGUUCCACUCAACAAAAACAAGGGAUCGACGCCCUCAACAAUCAAGGUUCUGUGAAGAGGACGAUCUUAGCACCCGAAAUCAGCACGAGGAUAAGUGAUGUGAAGGCGUGCAUAAAUGAUGCUGUUAACAACUUCUCGACCCAGACAGGUACUUUAACGCUGCUUCUUACAAUCAAAGCAUCGGUGC